UUGAUGACGAUAGUAAGCCGAACAGGUUUUGAAUUCACAGCAGACUAUCACGACRGCUGAGUAAACUCCAUAGCAGUCAAAAUGAUCAAGGUGCUGGCUGUAUUUUGUCUCGUGCUUUGCACGUUUUGGACGUCAACAGCAAAAGAUGUGCAAUUUUCAGCUAUCAAGUGCCAUAAAUACCCAGCUCCCAAAAACGGCCAGAUGUAUUGUACGACGACUUCCGGUUCAUCAGAUGUGACAUGCUCCAUGAAAUGCAACAAAGGUUAUGACGUCAACUUCCUUGGAUCAAAAACAUACGUUUGUAAUGACAAUGGCUCGUGGACCACAAUGCCUCCUGGUGGUGAUUUGCCCUGGCCAGAUUGUAGAAUAUAUGGAAGAGGAGAACCAGUCCCCUAAAAUGGCGACGCGAARCAACCUUGGACUGUCAUCCUUUGGCUGAAGACACAAGACGAACUUGACGAGUUUAUAAUGCAAUUAAACGAUUUAUUUAAAAAUUAAAAUAUCAGUGAUCCUG